UUUUCGUGCGAGUUCUUCGAGUCCUUGAAAAGUUGUGACCGUCAGCCUCCGGAGCACACGGCGUCGAAAAUCCAACGAGUUUCGGACGCGUCCCACCCAAUUGGUCCUCUCGAAUCAUCGUCGUGGAAUCAUCAGUUAUCGAGACGAGGGGAACGAAGGAACGGACGAGCUAUCCGUGGACCUGAGCGCUGCCGCCCGCUGGAAUUUCUCCUGUCGUCGUCUGCACAUAACCUCUCUCUCCUCCUUCCCUCGAGCACUUUUUCGCCGCCUCUCUCUCUGCUUCUAAUCUCUCUCCUUCUCUGUCCUCCCCCGUUCAACGCCUGGCUCGUUCCUCUAUUCCACGUCGAAGAGAAUAAACGUGAUCAACAUUCCCGUGUUUCGUUGAACUCGUUGUGCGUUGAACCGCUUUUCAUGAUCGCCGCGACAAGUGCUAGUAAAAUUGUUCGCCGACGCGUGGAUAUCCGGAGUGGAGAGUCGUUUCGAAGGGGCCACAGUGUGACGCUCGAUCCUGCUGCACCUGAGCCGGUUGUCAUCGAAGGUUAACCUAAAAGAGGAGGACGGAUGAUCGCGCACCGACACGUUGCUGCACGCGAAUUACCUCGUCCUGGACGCAUUCGCUGUUGCACGAACGAGCGUUGAAGAAGUUACUUCGUAUCUAUGCACCCAGACGACGCGAGAACAGGCGGUUAUCGUUGCUUCGUACCGGCGGCGUAUUUAUCGAACAAUCCAACGGAGAAACGGACAGCAGGAUUGCAACCAUGCGUCGCUGUACCUUGAAACGUCACAGAUCACGCUGGACGAACUCUUGAGUGGAAUCGCGGACGAACCGAGGCCAACCAAACAUUCAACCUGGCGGAAUCGUCGGAAAGACGCAAGACGUACCUCGGGGAGCUCUGGCUUGCGCUCACGCGAAUAUGAACAUGACUCUCGUCCGAAAUACGUUCAAAGGUUGCAGCGAGGACGAGGCAGCAGGUGUCGUGAACGCGGAGGUGGGCGGAGGUUGCGCAGCCGGGCCGCCAACCACAGGAAGUGCUGGUGGAGGUGGUAGCGGGACAGGUAGCGAGGUUGAUGGUGGUGGUGGUGGCGGAGGCGGCAGUGGUGGUGCAGGAACAGGAACAGGAGGUGGUGGUGGCCGUGGUAGCAACGGUGAGGGCGGAUCAACGAAGCAGGGUGGCGAGAGGUGUCCCCAGUGUGGUAUCCUCUGUCGGGACGUCCACGUGCUUCAGCUCCAUCUCGAGGACACGCACAAGAACCCGUACGCCAUCGACAAGAACGAUCUCAACGCUCAAUUCCCCCAAGUGUCCUGCAAGGUGUGCAGCAAGACUUUUGCUAACGUCUACCGACUCCAGAGGCACAUGAUCAGCCAUGAUGAAAGUGCCGUGCUUCGUAAGUUUAAGUGUCCCCAUUGCGAGAAAGCCUUCAAGUUUAAGCAUCACCUCAAGGAGCACCUUCGUAUUCACAGCGGUGAAAAGCCAUUCCAAUGCAACAAUUGCGGCAAACGUUUCUCUCAUUCGGGCUCGUACUCGAGUCACACGACGUCGAAGAAGUGCCUGAUAGUGAACUUAAAGAAAUCCAGGCACUCGAACGUGAGCAAUGUAGAUCGUGGCUCGAAAAAAGUGCAACAACCCCUGCCACCGGGACGUCGCGAGGUCGAUCUGCUCGCGGCGAAUAAUAACACUUUCCUCCCUAUUCUGCCGAAGCUUUCACCCUCGGAUUACCAGGAAAUACAACGAGAAGGAGCGGGUAUUUACGAUAUGCCGACCCUCUUGCCUCAGAUGAUGGGUUUCGGUAGUUACUUCCUGCAAACGUCCUUGGGCAAGAUCUUAAAUCAGCUACAUUCCAAGAGACUGGACGAAGUAGCCGAGCAAUUCGAGUCCCACCGAGAGCUUAUAAGUCCAUCCACGGCGGAUUCCGAGGGCACAGAGGGCACGGAGGGCAAAGAAUCCCCGGCGCCGACCGAUCCUCAGGGUCUGGACGCUGUCCGACGGAUUUUGGAAACGGUUAACACCUCCGUCACCAAACAACUGCUGGAAGCGAACGUGCGGAAGCUGUCUACCUCACCUGCCAUGAUGAAGAGGGAGUUCGACGAGGAUUAUCAAGAUCAAGAUAGCAGAAUGUCCAGCGAGAUGGUACAGUAUCCGGAUUGGUCAACGAUGGAUCAAUAUGAUUCGCAGAGCGAGGGUUUAGCGGCGAAGCUUGAGGACGUAAAUCAACCGACCGCGAAAUCAGGCUACAAAAGAAAAGCAGAGGACAGCUCGGAAGUGGACUCGGAAGACGAGGAAGAUGGAACGCAAACGCACAACGAUAAUGGAAGGAGAGUUAGAGCUAGGUCGUUGAUAGACGACGAGCAAUUGGCUGUUCUCAAGGGUUACUAUGCCAUUAAUCCUCGGCCCAAAAAGGAGGAGAUCAUCAUGAUCGCGAACUACAUCAACUUCCCUACUCGUGUCGUACAGGUUUGGUUCCAAAAUUCCCGAGCGAGAGACAGACGAGAAUCGAAGAUACCACCUCUGGUACCGUUGGCUUACUCCACCAGUCAGAUCACGAUCGAACAACCACUCGAUUUGUCGAAGAAAGAGGUACUCACGCAGUCAACGUUUAAAGAGAACGACAUUGCCUCGGUCAAACAUGCGUCGUCACCACCCGCCGAACUGAAGAACGAUCAUCCAGUAACGAAUAACUCCUACACGGAUGAUCUGGAGGAUUCACCGCUCGUCAUAGACGAAGAGACCACCGAUUCCGUGGAAACUAAACCUUCGGUCCCUGCUAGCACGGGGGAGAACGGUGCAAAGUAUGCUGUCAUUUUACAAAAUCAACCUUAUGCGAACAUAAAGAGUGAAAGUGAAAACGUCAGUCAACCAGAGGCCCCGCCAGCGGCGGAAAUCGAGCAGGGUGUUUACUUCUGUGAUCGAUGUGACAAAACAUUUUCCAAGCACAGUUCCCUAGCAAGACACAAAUACGAACAUUCCGGGCAAAGGCCGUACAAAUGCGUGGAGUGCCCCAGGGCGUUCAAGCACAAGCACCAUCUGACCGAACACAAGCGACUGCACAGCGGGGAAAAGCCCUUCCAAUGCUCCAAGUGCCUCAAGCGCUUCUCUCACUCGGGCUCGUACAGCCAACACAUGAAUCAUCGUUACUCUUACUGCAAACCGUAUAGAGAAUAGGUGGUAUUCUGCUAGUUCAAACGGAAUCUCCUUCGCUGGCUUAGUUAAGUACGUACGGUCCUUUUUUCCUUCCGCGCGGGACUCGGCACUUAAGUUCGAGGAAAAAAGAAGAAAACGAUAAUAUAUACACGUAUCUAUACCUCGCGAUGACGCGCGAGAACGCGCUGGAAGAACGAAGAUCUAGCGACGAAUCUCGCGCGAUGAACACCUUGCGGAAUCUGUUUCGACUGCGCUGCGUGAAACGUAAGCGGUUAGAAUCUUACGAAAGAAAGAAAACGCACAGGAAAGAUAAAAGAAAGGAUUGAACUAGGAGCGUCGUCCAAGUGUCACGAGCGUGUUUCUUCUGAAGUUCUUGCAUUGAUAGAAGGAUAAAAAGGAACAUAAGAAGGAAAGCAGAAAAGUAUAAAAGAAUCCGCGUCGAUUUUUCGGUCGACGUAGUUGUGAAUAUAAAACGAAAGAAAUAAAAAAAAUAGAAACCAAACAAUACGCAACGGUACCAAAAAUGCAUAAUGCAAUAAUCUAUUAUAUAUUAUAUAUAAUAUACAUAAUAUUUUAGUAUUUUUAUUAACAAGAUUAUUAUAUAUACCAUGACAAUAAUAAGGAAACUAAUUAACGUACAAAUUUGUUAGCCACGUUUGCACGGGGAACGCGAUACUCGGUCGCGGACGCGCAAACAAAAUGGCGAAGGGAUGCAACGCGAAUACACGUAACGAAGAGUUCCAUAGAACUUGAAGAAGUUGCGCGUGAAACAUCCGAUGUAAGAUAUUCUAUACACGAUGAGAUAGUCGUGUGUCAAAAGGACAGGAACAAUUUUCUCUAUAUUUUUGAUCGAAUUUGUCCUCAACAAUAGCCAGUUUAUUGGAAAGAAGAAGAAAAUGGGAAUGAAGUAUUGUUUCCUCUUUUAAUCCGAAAUUCUCAGCUAGUUGUAUGUUAAGUGUCUCGGUUUAGUCAACAGUUUUGGAGCGUUAACAUUGAUAUUAAUCAAAAAAGCAUCGAACAAGAUGUAUGUACACUCGGGUACAUUCGCAUUUCGCGAUUUCUGAUUUAACUGUUGGGAAUGGAAAUUAGAAUCUAUAGCUCUCCAGACCCCCUCGAGUCGUUUUUGAAACUCGGGACGAGGUCGGGCCUUAUUUGUCGGUAAUCGAUGCCAUAACGACUAUCUUUCGAUCGUUUUGUACUUACUUUCAAUUCCCAGUCAUCGUAUCGUUCACACCGUGUAACAUAUUCAUCAAUUCCAGGGAUUUCAGUUGAAAUUUCGUAACUAUAAUUUGAAAUAGUGACUAAAGCUUUACAAUACACUGCAAUCGUAUGGCCCCGUAACGUCGUUUGUAAAGACCAGUGACGUAACUAGGUAAAGAUUGGAGAUUGAAGAUUAAAGUCUGAGUUUGUAAAUUUACAAAUUUGUGCAUUGUCAAAUCUUCUCAUUUCUAGUUACCCAAAUUUCUAAAUCUGUAAAGUUCUAAGGUUUUAAUUUCAAAUUGUCAAACGUCAAAUGUAAAAACUUAGUAGAGGUAAAAGUUCUAGUUACGUCAACGGAAAAAGAAAAAAGUGCAAGUCCUAGGAAAAGAAGCAAGGUAUGCCUCAGACAUUCCGUUCCGUGCCCCUCUUAAUUUCUUCAUACGAAUCAUUCUCAUCAUGGUGAAGCAUCAACCAUGGCCUCUCGUACUUUCUGUCGAGCUCACUCAUAGACAGCUAUGAGAACGAGCUGAUCUUCGAUGCACGAAAGAAACAAUGGCAUCGAGAACCUCGCAAUAAGAAAGAAAAAAAAAAUCCCUUCACCAAGAAUGCGGGCCCCGAUCGUAAACUCAUAAGUAUAUUAAAUGCUUCCAAUACUGUACUAUUAAAGAUGAAAAAUUAUUAUUACAACAUUUUUAUGAUUUUAUUCAUUCGGACGCGUAGGUAAGCGAUAUAUAUAUAUUAUAUAUUAUAUAUAUAUAUAUAUAUAUAAUCUACAGAUCGAUAAUACUCGAGAAUGUAUUUUAUAACGAUUUAUGCCUCUUUUUAUUUACACGUACCACGAGUGACAAGUGAUAUAUAUUAUUAUUAUAAAUAUAUAUAUUGUUAUUGAUAAAAAGAAAAAUGAAGAAAACAAUUGAAGAAAGGAAACGACGACUUAAUACGGGGAUACACGAGCAAGGUGUAUAUUUAAAUAAAUAAAAGAAGUCGUGUCAAAUAGUAGUAUCGUGUUCGGCCAAGCGGUACGCCACCGUGUUGCAUUUCCUCCGCGUCUAGAAGCUCCGGUUAUCCGCGACAGGCAUCGUGUCCGUACUACGAAAAAUGAAAAAAAGGAAUCCAAGAUAUGAUGCUUAUAAUACUCAUUUAUUAUAUAGUGUUAAUAGUUAAGAAAUAUAUUUUUAUAUUAUUAUAAUAUUACGACACGAUAUAUUAUAUAUACACGACGAUAAUAUACUAAUUCGAUCGCCCCGGUUCAACGUGGGACCGGCGGCGAGUCUGUUCCUCGGCUGGUACAGAUUAACGCGAGAAUAUUCUAUUUUUAUUUUCUAGUUUCGAAACUCGAUCGUAACGAUUCAACGUUCCUCUGUAAUCGCUUUGCUAUUCGUCUACGUUAUUUCUUCUCGUUACGUUUAUAUUCUCUUCUUUCUUUAACGUUCUUUCAUGGGGGAGAGUUCAGAACCGUCACUACACAGCGCCCGACACAAAAAUACGUUACCAUAAUAAUCUACAUAAACUCAUACAAUUUCCACGUACAAAUUCGCAGAUUUUUAGAUUUUUAAACUCUCAAUUUUGAAAUUUGCGAAUUCAAUUUUUACGUUUGAGAAUUUGUAUUUGAGAAUAUUUUUCUGGUUUAAAUUUGCGAGUUUGAAAAUUAGAAAGUUUGUGAAUGUAUCGAAUUGAAUUUUUUAAAUUUGAAGUUGAAGUUUGUAAAGGACUCUCCCCUAAUAUUUUUCUUUCUCUUUUUCACCCGGCAUUCCUCGAGUAUUUUUUUACACGGUUUUUAUGAGCAUUUGUUCGAUUGUUUAUUUUUUUGUUGUGAUCUCUAACAGCCUCGAUUCUGUACUUUCGAAUACUUUCACGACCAACGGGUUUAAUGACAUCAGGAAGGAAAAGCAGGAAACUUACGAAGACAAUAUUACAUACGUAUAAGUGACUAAAUGAAGAAUAAAAAAAUUAUAUAUAUAAAUGAAUAUAAAUAUAUAUAAAUAUAUGAAUAUAAAUAUAGAUGACUAAAGAUAGAGAUAUUUGCUCUGAUUCGAAGAGUAUUCGCAACCUGCUCGCCUCGAUGUAAUGUAUAUACGUAUUAUUAAAAAUAACAAAACACGACUACAAGUGUAAUUUUGCCAGCUUCCGCGCAUCGGCAUCGGUUAUGUCUCCGUUACUUCCUAUUAUAACUAACAAGAAAAAAAUAAAUAAGCGAAAUGGAUACUCGUAAAAAAAAAGAGAAAAAGAACACGAAACAAACGUAACACGAGAAAGUGAGGAGAGAAAUACGAGGAAAAAAAAAGUAAAAAAAAGUUGUUAAUAAUUGUUAAUGCAACGAUUUAAAGAUGAGCACCGUACGAUGCCUUCCGUGAACGACCGAGCUUGCCUAGUUUACCGAGAUUAACAUAGAAAUUCAUUGAUUCGAUCUCGAGGUGAAUUCUCUCGUCGAAAGUAAUGUUACUCCCGUGAUGUUUCUCCUUGCAUUAUAUUUUCUCCAGAUCGAAAUUCUACAAAAUUCAACCACGAUAAAAAUGUAUUUUAUUUUAUUCGAGGCGAGAAGCACACGAGAGUAAUCGAACAUAGUUCGCUUUAAAAAGCUGUACUCGACGAACACACUGGUGUGGUUAUGCUAUUUGAGCUUUCCAUGACAACCGUUUUACGUGAAACACCAGAAUCCGUGGUUGUGUGUGCGUGUCAAGCGUAUGUAUGUGUGCACAGAGAAAAAAAUACUCGGAAGUAAAAAAACGACGAAGAAAAAAAAUUUACGGCAGGACAAUAAUACUGUUUCGUUUAGAGGUUUUUAGAGAGCGUAAGCAUUACA